AUGCUUUCGAAGAUUCAGGAACACAAACUUGUAAACGAUGGCUAUAAAAAUCUGUUUUAUUGUCCCCUCACUGGAGGUGAAUACAGGAACUCUGAGAGAGAAAACCCUGUUCCCGAAGAUGCCAAAACUGAGAAACAUGAAACAUCAGAGCCUUCAGCGGAGGAGCUUAAGGACCUGGAACUGCUUAACAAAGCCUUGGAGAAAGCAUUAAGAGUCCGGUCAAAAUUCCACCAAGUGCCAUGUGAGACCAUUAAAGUCUCCGCAUCUUCAAGUAAGAAGCCGGUGAGCCAGCAGGCUGCUUUGGAACAACCUUCACGUCAUCCUAAGGACAAGGUCCCCAAGACCACCCAGAUGUCUCCCGUGAGCAGAAAGCUGGCGGCAUCCAAAAAACCCACAGCCUAUAUGUUGAAGGCUCCCUACAAAACGGAUGUGACGGUGAAAAGGCCACCGGUGAAAAUACCAGCUGGACGGAGCGCCAGAACAUCCAAAACGGCUGGGAAGAAGUUGUUGUCCCCAGCGGGGGUUGUUGCUUCUCCAAAGUUGAAACCGUGCGCCAAAACAGCAGCCAAAGACAGUCGCGAAAAGGUCAAUGUUGCUGCUGCAGAACCCGGCUUGCGAUUGGGCUGUCCCAAAGGUCCAUGUCACACAACGACACCAUCUUGGUUUGCUGAUGGAGGAGAUUUUGCAGGAAGAGGCCUUCAAGUCCCAGAGGUAGAUCCUGAUCUGGAGGCUUUAGCUGAUGGGCCGUCUCCUUCAAGAACAGACCCACCGAGAAAAGGAACAAAGCUUCCAGUUUCCACUCUUCAAAAAAAUGGGUCUUCGCUGAAACUGCCCCUUCCGUAUCAGAAAGCUUUCUCCAAGUAUUUCAGGUUGUUGGAGAAGUGCCAGGAUUUGAAAACAGCCCCCGAGGCAGCUGUCACCAAGAGCCAGUUUUUAGAGAAAUUGCAAGCAACUUUCUCCUCUCCUACGCCAGCCUUUACCCCAGCGGAGGUAAAGCAGGAGUUGGUGCAUCUACGUGACCUUCACUUGCUCAUCACUCAGCACAUGGAAGCUGAAAGCCCAGGGGCACUUGGAGAAAACCCAACCUGGGACAGAGAAUACGAAAGCCUUGUGACUUUGCAGGCCCUACAAGAGGUCGUAGAGCAACAACUCGGCAAAGUAGACCAGAUGCGAGAAGCUUUGGUGUCCCAUGAAGAGUUUGCCUCGCUCUGCAUGAAUGACAAGGAGGACAAUGACCAUGAUUCUAUGGGCUUCUGUCACUCUUCCCUUGGAGAUCAAACCUGUUCGGAUCCGGAUUUACCAGGGCCUCCCCGACUUCUUUUUUACUCCAGCUUGGAUGAGUUGAAGGAGAUGGAGGCUUUAAAACUGCAGGUGGCGAUGCUGGACCAGAAACUUCAGAUCCAGACGGCUAUGGAAACGGAACUCCUUCCCCUUCUAGAACCCGGCCGCCUUCCAGAAAGUUCUAGACCUUCGGCGAUCCGUGCUGUGUAUUCCUUGUUGUGUGAAAGCGGGGAGCAUGUUCCUGUUCUGGUGAAGGAUGAGGAACUGUCCGGCUGAGCUGACAUGAAAAUGGAUGACCAGCAGCCAUACUCAGGAAGCUGUUCCCCUUUGGCCUCCGUCCUUAAAUUCCAGCCCUUUCACGACAGGUGACGUGAAAGGGCAGGUCCCUCAGCCUCUCCACCUGCGUGCACUUGUCCAGCAAAUAAAAAAAGAUUUUGUACCUCCUCAUUAACUUUUUAAAACACACAUCCCUUCCCCAUGUACUGCUCUUCUGCCAAAACUAAGAUAAAUAGUAGCUUGGUUUAUGAA